UUUUGUCAUGGGGGGCAGGGGUUGAUCUGAGGGAUUAUGGAGAGUUUGCAGCUCUGAAAAGCUGCAGCAUUUUGGUUAAAGAGUUAGGCUUGAAUUUUACAUUCUGGAUUGUGUGUGUUUGUGAGAGAGAAAGUGCUUCUGAACUGUGUUGUACUGUCAAUAGCUAAUAGAAAUUGUUCUUUAGUCCAAAGUGUGGCGUCCUGUCUUUUUCAUGUGAAAGACCCAAAUUCUAUCAUAAUAGUGACUGUGAAGUCCGAAGUGACCAGCGUGAAGAAUAUUGACUACUAGGAAAUCUUAGGGAGACAAGAUGUCAUCUGUCCUCUUUACUUGGAGUAGCUGAUUCAAAAUGAGAACCAACAAGGUCUACAAACUCGUCAUACAUAAGAAGGGCUUUGGGGGCAGUGGGUGAGUUUAGAAAGGCACAGUCUUCAUCUGCCUGAUGCUAUCAUCUGGAGUGGAGUCCCAAGAGAGAAGCCACCCACGUCCCCUUGAUUCCUCCAUGUCUGCUGUGGUACAGGAAUUGUACGCUGGACUGCCAGUCAGCAUCUCUACUGAGCUUACUGCUGGGUCCGAUCCUAAUGUUAGACUAGAUACAAAACCUGAAGCAUCAACACUUGUGCUAGCACAUAGUAGCAGUUUGUUGUCUGAGUCCCACAGGAUUAGUGGGGUGGAAAAUUGCUCCCAGGAAACUGAUAACCUGGAUCAUGGGGACAAGCUUACAUCUGAUGGGCUGGCAGGAUCCCUUUCUGAAGAGUCUAUGGGGGCUGGAAACCUUGCUGAGCACGAAGAGGCCAAAAGUGGAAGCUUGGGGAAGCCGGACACUUGUGCUAAUGCGAGCCAAAAGGAAGAGAGACGAUCUGCGAAAGAAACACAAGAUGCUGAGGAAGAGCUUGUUGGAUGUUGUGCUUUAGCCUCUGAAGAAAAGUGGUGGUUGAGACAGGAGAAGCCUCAGAUAAACCGAAGUGGGGGAGAAUUUUCAAGAAUCUGCUGCACUGAAAUGGCAAGCCCUCUGAAGAGUAAAGAAGAAAACCAAACAAAUGUACAGGUGACACCUGAAAUUCUGCCAAAGCCCACUGAAGAAGUACAAGGUAUGAAGGCUGAUGGGACUAGGAUAUUUAGUAAAGCAGGAUACAGGAAUGACAGAGUGAGUAAAGGUCUUCCAUCUGAGAACAAUGAAUGCCCAGAUAUAGACACUAUCACGGCCAGUGGUGAGGUUUCAGAAACCAACACCUUAGUUCCUUUAGCGCCUUUAACAGUUGUGGAGACUGGAUCAACAAAAGAACAUCCACAAGAAAAGCGAGAAUAUAAAGGAUUAACAGCCUGUACUACAAUGUCAUUGACCGCAAUGGGUUGUGCUAUUUUUGAUUCAGAGACUGGAGAAGUAGAGUUGUCUAGAUCAAGCCAUGUUAAUGAAACUAAUGCAGCACCUGCCAGUUACCAGACUUACCAGCAAGAUGAAGAAAACUGCCCUCAUAACAGUGCUGUUCCUGUACCUAAAAGUAGUGUUGAAGUUGUUAUGCUUCUCUCAAAAGAAAGCUCUGAAGCAUUAUGUGGUUCAUUAAGAAGUUUGUGUAGUCUGGAAUCUGGAAAUAUGCCACUGGAAGACAACACUACUGAGAUCUGUGAAAAACAGGAGGAGUAUCUUGCUGAAGAGAUAGAAAGCCCAAGCUGUGAUGGUGAUAGUCAAAGAACUGAGUUUCUAGAGAACUGGAUGGAAGAACAGCUCUCUCCAGUGCAGAGUGAAGAAAUGUCCAGUGAUGAGGCUGAACAAUUGGAAAUGGAUAGUUGCACUGAUCAUUCAUACAACUAUGGUUAUGGGAAAGUUGCUGAAAUCCAGAGAGAAACUGUUAUGAAGAACAGUUGUGGCAUGGAUAGUGGGUAUGAUAUUCAAGAAAAUGUUCAUUCAGAGAGCUCUAAUUCGCCAGUUCCUAGUUCUGUUGUUUCAUCAACUGAGGAGUUUCCAAAAGGAGAUUUAAGAAUCCCUUCAGAAAUUAAUAACUUGAAAAAGGAUGGGGACCAGUGGCAAAUAUGUAUUAAUGAUGUAGUAAAACAACAUACAAAAGAAAAUAGAACUCUGGUGGUGGACACAAAAAACCUUGUCAGUAUUCAGACUGGAGACGUGCAUACGUGCUCUAAAAAUAUCUACAAUAAAUAUGCAAAUUCUCCUUCCCCUGUUCAUGAUUUUCUGGACUAUGGCUCCAAGGUAGGUGAAGUUUCCCUUGAGGCACAACUGUUUGAAAAGGAAACCAACAGCAGUUCAGUGGUAGAAGAUCUGAACAACAGUUUUGGUAAAGCUCCAGAAGCAAAUAGUGUUAAUGUCAACCUGCCUACAUGCAAAGACGCUAACUUUGCUUACACACUAGGUGAAGCUCUUAGUCAUGAUGCAGAAAAAUCAAGAGUGUCUCUCGGGGUUAUAAGUGAACUUUCUUCUUGUAAUGCUGAUGCAGUUUCAAACAGAGAUGUGUACCUGGACAGGCUGUCUAAAAAAGAAUCCAUCAUUUCUUCUGCAAAAGUGGAGGCACAGCAUGCGGGCCUUCUGCUUCAUAAAAAGGAAGAAUUGUCUUUACUAAAUCACAGGAGUUUCAGUACUUCUAAUGUAGCAAGUAAAGGUUCCCAGAAGAGCAUGCACUCUGCACUGGGGGAUACAGAGAAGAUGGUCAUGGAUAUAGAAAAUGAAGAAAGUGACAUAUGUACUCAUAAUGACCAGUGUAUAAAAGACCACUGUUCAGCUGUCAAGACCUGCUUCAUCUUAUCAGAUAGUGCCAGCUUGGAUAAUGCUACACUGAACAAGGAUUCCUUUAAAGCACAGGCUAAAUUGAAGACUGAAGAAGUCAGUGGCUUGGAAACAGGAGACUGCCUUAUACAUAAUGAUAAAAAGGCAGUCAACCCUCCCGAGGAGAACACUCAUGUAGCAUGUGAAUCUGUUCCUUGUGAAGAUAGUUGGAAUUGCAGCAGUAUGUUUCAGUAUAUGGCAAGUCGUACUUCCACAGCAGAAAAGCUAUUGCAUUCAGCUUGCACUCCAGAUAAGUCCACUACUAGAUUAUCAGAAGUGGAGAUUUCAAAUACAAAUGUCGAAGUAGAAAGCUCGAAACUCUAUGAUGGCCAUAGUGAAAUAACAGAGGAAAGGCUAGAUUCUGGCACCAGAGAGAGAACUUCUGAUACAGAUAAGGGACAAGGACAAAUUAACUCUUAUGAAUUACAGAAAGAUGAAAUUGAUAGAAUAGAAACUGUGGAUAGUGUAAAGGCUCAUAAAAGCAGUCACCAAAAUGAGACUAGUGAACAGUCAGUCAACAGAGAUUUGAAAAAAAACAUAUUUGGUAUCCAUCUUGAACUUGGCAACACAACAGUAGUCCUGGGAGAGGGAGAACUAAAGAUGUACAAGAAGACUGUGAUACCUUGUGAAUACAAUCUUUCCAAAGGCACUACUUCAAAGAGUGAUACAGACUCCGGCAUCCCAAGUCAUGAAAAACAUUUGGACGAAUCCUUUGACUUAGAAUUGUCGGGUUUUAAACAUUCAAAGCAACCAAAUGAGACCAUUUGUCAGGUGGAAAAUCAAUAUCUCUCAUGUCAAAGUGAGCUUAAUGGGCCAGUUUCAUACAAGCAAAAUGAAACCCGAGUAGCCGAUGAAGUUCUAGAGUUCCAACAGUAUGACUUAAACAUCUCAAAUAAGCAAAUAUCGAACACUGGUGUACAAACUAUGACAAGUUCAGUGGAUGAACCUAAAAGAUCUCUCCGCUUCAAGGAAAAUGAACCAUUAACUCUAAAGAAAGAUGAAGACACAACUCCAUUGGUUCAUGAGUCUCUAAGAGAGAAGAGUUUUCAAGGAACUUUCAAAAACGUAAUGGUGGAUAACUCUUCCAAUAGUAUGGUAGAUACAGAGUGUUCAGAAUACACAGAUUCCAUCAGUGAUCUAUCAGAAGGGGAGAAAGUAGAAUUAAAAGAAUAUGAUAAUGUAGGUAGCAGUACAAGGGAAGAUCAUGGAACUUUCAAAGGAAGUAUGGUGGGUUAUAGUUCUACCAAAAGUCUGGUAAAUGCGGACCAUUCAGAAUACACAGACUCUAUCAGUAGUGCAAAGGAAGAUCAAAAAGAACAUACAAUAUUGGCAGAAAAUACCAAACUUUCUGCAUUAUUGAACAUGGGCAGCUUGGUUAUGGGCCCGGAAGGUAAAAUUAAGACCAUUGUUGAAUCCUUUUCUGUCUCACAGUCAGCCUGCAAGAGUCUUUCAGGUGCACCAGAAGAUAUGACUCUCGUUCCAGAGAUCACAAAUGAAACAUGCUUACUGUUGGAUUCUUCAGUAAAUCAUAGAAUCAUAGAAAGCAAGAAAGCUUGUCCUCAGCCAGAACUUGUGACUUUUACAGUUGCUGAUGGUCCAGAGAGAGUGAAUCCAGUGCAGUCUGAAGAGUUCUGUGCAAACCAAGAGCUUUCCAGUUUGAAAGGUAUAACUUCAAAAACACCUUUGGCUCAGAACUCGGAAAUCUGCCUGCCUCAAAAAGAUGAGCUGCCUGCAUCAUCAGAGAAUGCACAGAUAGUUGACCAGGAGUCAUCUUCAGCAAAUGCUCUUUGUAAUGACUAUUCUGCUAUAGAACCUCUUGAGCUGAUAGAGUCAUUUGAGAGAAGAGCUGAUGGCAACUACAGCACAUCUGAAGAGAGAGAAAAAGCAAUUAGCUCCCCAAACGAUGCAGUUAAAUUAGAAGUGUGUAGGGCUUCUCAUGCUCACAGCAAGGAGAGGUCUGUAAGUGCAGGGGAUAGUGAGCCAAUUGUAAAAGAGAUGGAUGUAAUUUCAUCAGACAGUAUUGAUUGUGUACAGAAGUUUAAAAGACCAUCUGUAAAAGACCAGAGGCAAAGUGCAGUAACUGCAGAAAAAAUAAAGAUGCCAAUGCAUUCCAUUUUUGACCAUAAAAAUUAUUUAGGAGUUUUGCUAGAAGACUUGACAUUUUCUGGUGACAAAGUUAGAAGCUGUGUGCCUCUGAAGGCUGAGCCUUAUGAAAAGCCUUCACAAGCCUACUCUACUGAACAGAUCCCCGAAUGUAGUUUGAAUAACAUUUCAGAUAAAGGAAAAACUUGCGUUAAAGAUCACUCAGAAUUAGGAGAUGUCAAGUUGCUUUCAGAAAUCGUAGACAAUUAUUUGCAAUCUAAAGACUUAGUUAACAAAGAAACGUCAGAAAUCCAUUAUAACACAAUAUGUAAUAAGCCGUCAAACGACACAGAAACACCUUUAAAAUGUCUUGAUUGCAGUGAAGUGCGUCUGCCUUAUGAAUUAAGUUCACAGAGCAAAGACAACAGGAAGGAGGUUAUAAGAGACCAAAUAAAGACGCCACAUGACUCAAUCAGUGCAGAAAAUGAGGUGUCUGAUGCGGAGAGAUUGGUCAAAGUAGGUGAAUGUCAAACUCUUAAGCGAAAGAUGUGUGAGGAGACUGAAGUACCUCCAGCUCAAAACAUCCUACUCCAUGAGGGGCUGGCACAGCAAAUAAAGGAGUCAAAAGACACACGGAAAGCAAAAAUCCCAUUGCAGGAGAGCGUGGUGUUUGAUAGUGAGCCUUUAGAUAGUUCUUCAAAUGAACUGGUGACAUCUUCAAGAGUCAUGAAGACUGAAGGUCCUAGAGAGCAGCUCUUUGCUGUCAUGAGCAGUAUAAAUGAUAGUGACAAUAAACAAGUAUAUAGCACUUUACAAGAAGCCAAAAGGCCAAAGAUUUCCAAGGAUGGUGAUGAUAAUUCAGAGCAUAUGAAGACUAUGGACUCCGAAGUGGAAAGCCUGAGCUUUCAUUUAGGGACCCACAUUGAAUUGUCAGCAGAUAAUACCCCUUUCAUUCCUGUUUCUCUCUCUCAACCACAAGUUAAAAGCUUUGCUGGGAAUGAUGAAAUCCAUGGUGCCUUUGGAAGUACACACAAACUAAGAGGACUUUUUUCACUAAAGAAGCAGCCACGAAGGAAGGUUCCCACACCAGAUGAGCUCAAAACUGUAAGAAAAAGUAAAGUUAAAAGCUCAGCUUUUAUAGGGAAUUCCCCUGGAACUGUUCCUACGCAAGAACACAAACUCCUCAGCUCUGUAUAUUUUGCAUGUAAACCAUCAGUAAUGGAAGCAGACAUAGCCAUGAGACUGGACCACAUGUCAAAGCAGAGAGCCAAUAGGUGCAGUUUGUUGAACAGCUUGAAACUUAGUAAAUGUACCAAAGAACCAACACUGUUAAGCAGGCUGUCUACUAUGGCCAGUAAACUACUAGCCCCACCCAAAAGCAUCCACAGGUUAAAGACUCUGCAAUGUUCCUCUGACCAUCCAGUGGUUGAAAGGUUCAGCCAACUUAGAUCUAAAAAGCUACUGGAAGUUUUUUCAUGCAUUAACAUGAAGUUAAACUCUCACCAGGCUGAUGGCUUGUGCACCAAGAUGUUCAACUUUCAGCCGUUGGCACUUUAUCCUGUAGACUCCGCCAAAAUACACAUUUUAGACUGGAGUAGUAACAUUCCAUCAUCAGUCUUCAAUACCCCCAUUUCCCCAGUUUCUUUUCACAUCAAAUUGGACUCUGAUUCUUUGAUAAACCUCAGGGGGAUUACAUCCCAACAGUGUGUACCUGAUAUACCAGCUUUAGGAGAGGCACCAUUACAUCCGUCACAGCCUUCAAAAUGGACCUUUUCUUUCCUCCUGUCCCAAAGCUGCUCAGGUGCAUCAGCUUUCAGGGAAGACGCUAAUCUCCGUAAGGAGCUGCAAUCUUCUGCUCUCUCUCUAACAACCCCAGAGGCCGUAAUCCCUAGUCAUGACAUUAGGAGAAGUCCCAUAGCUAAAAGAAGAACAGGGUGCUCCCUGCUUGGCCUUCACACAGUGUUAGCUCUUUCUUCCCCUGGAUGUUACAGGAUCUGGACAAGAAGAAGAAAUGUAACCAGUCGAAUUCCUACUGUCCAGAGACUGUUUAUGUCACAAUUCACACAGGGCUUGAAAGGGUUAAGGUCUCCAACUUCCGUAUCAGAUGACCUCUUCUCUUCAUUGCCCUACUCACUGGGCAGGGUACUUUCCAUAUGGAGCCAGCAUGGUCCUUCCGCCUGUCCCUCCGAAUUCACUCCUCUCCAUCCCAAUCACUGCAAGUGGCAGCCAAGUCUGGGCAUCGAGAACAGUUAUGCCAUGUUACCACACAUGACUGUCCAGGGAACAGAAGCUGCAAGGACCACGAGUGCUGAGAUAAGGCUGGAACGUUCACUCUGUGAUUUGCUACCAAAGUCUUGCAUGUUUCCGGAAUCGGCAAUCUCUCCACUCAGGCUUUCAGUACCUGAAUUACAGGUCCAUCCCUUUGAUGAACUCGAUGCUUCUCUCCCACUGUGUCCCACAUCCCAGAGCGCCACCAAACUGAAAAAAGCUGAGCCAGAGAAGAGGCCAAAGAGAGUUUCUCAGAUCCGGAUCCGGAAAACUGUUCCCAAGCCAGAUCCUAACCUCACCCCCAUGGGACUCCCCAGACCAAAAAGGCUGAAGAAGAAAGAAUUUAGUUUAGAAGAAAUUUACACAAACAAGAACUACAAGUCCCCUCCAGCGACCAGGUGUCUGGAAACCAUCUUUGAGGAGCCCAAGGAGAAAAAUGGAUCCUUGAUCUCUAUCAGCCAGCAGAAGAGGAAGCGGAUUCUGGAGUUCCAGGACUUCACUAUUCCCCGGAAGAGGAAGGCACGAAGCAGAGUUAAAGUGGCGGGUAGUUUCACCCGGGCAAAAAAGGCUGCACUACAGGGCAGAGAGCUAGAUGCCCUCCUGAUUCAGAAACUAAUGGACCUUGAAGCCUUUUUUGCAGAGGAGGAGGAACGGGAGCAAGCAUCUGGAAGCUGAGGGAAGCAUCUAGUGGGAAAUGGCUCAGUUCCUUUAAUGCUUUGAUCCACUUGGGAGGGAUCUGCCUAUUUCUCCAGACCUUGCCAACCACUCUGUUCUAAUACCUGAUGAUCAUUCGUUGGCUGUCACCCUCUUUGAGGUGCUAGUGUGUGUGUGUGUGUGUAUGUAUAUAUAUAUACACACACACACACUAGUGAUUUUAUAUAUAUGCAUCACUAAAAUAUAUAUAUAUAUUUUAGUGAUGCAGGAGAGAGUCCUUUAAUUCCCCUGCAUGAGUGUAGCACAGCCAGGAGGCAUGCUAUUCCUCCCCAACCUCUUUAGAAAUUGUGGCUAAUAUUUAAACGCCUCCUGCAGGUGGGAUAAGGAGAGUGAAGGAGGAAAUAGUACACCUUCAAUGACACUAGGAUUCGAAAUACUCCUGAACUUUUGCAUAUUCAUUUGAGUCUGCUGUUUACUGUAGUGGCUUGUCCAGACAACUUGACAGAGGCAGGUGAGAUGAAUUCAGAGAGAUGAAUUUAGGGAGGUGGGUUCUUGAGAUACCACAAACUUCAAAAAUUAAAGAAAAAUAGUUUAUUUGCUUUUAAUUACUUCCAUGUCUGUGCCCAGAAGUUUUCUUCUGUGAUUCAGUUGCCCUUCCUGCACUCAGUCAGCAGCAGCCAUACAUGACCAGGUCUUAAAUAAGUUGCACUUUGUAUGUGUUUUUCCUUUAUUUGCUGCAUGAAAGGCGCCUUUUACUGUUACUUACCUUGGUUUUUUUAAUCACACAUUAAGAAAAAUGGCGCUAAAUGCUAAGUUCUAACAAAUUGUAGAGUGCAUUUGUUAACCUGGUUUGCUGAUGCUUUGCCUUUGGAGGGAGGGGGGAAGGUAGGGAGUAGCAGAAGGCUAUUACUAAUGUUCAGUUAGUGGGACUAUGCUCAGAGACGUGGCACCAGGAACUUCAGUGUGAAGUUUAUACUCUUUUUUUUUUUAGUGGUUUUAAUUCUGACAAGAAUACUAAUUUGAUCUCAACAAGCCAAGCAGAUUUUUCUCCAUCUCAUCUUUCUACCAUUUUAACUUAGAAUUCUAGUUUGGGAUAGAGCUUCACGUAGCUUAUAUAAUUAGAGGUUCAGUAUACAGCAGUGCUGUACUUAAUGGCUAGUGUUGUACAAAGAGAUUCACUCAAGCCUCCUAAUGUAUAGAAAGUGUGUGUUUUUGUUUUUUGUUUUUAAUACUUAAGGCCAUUCGUAAUUUGAAGUAGCACUGGGUAGUCUCUCAGCCAUACUUUUGAGGACCAGUGCUCCCCUCUGGGAUCCUUACUUGAAGCUGCAAUUCAGGUAAUUUCUGUUCUUCAGUGCCUACAGGAGUUAUUCAGGCAAAGCUUAAUGGGAUGCUGUCAUUGGUGACAUUCUCAAAGUUUAACAGUUCCAUUGCUUCUUUUCCCUGCCACUUGCAACUUGCACUUUUUUUACCAAUGUGCCCCUACAGCAACUUUCUAUUUACCUCCAAAAUCAGUGUGUACGUCAGACAUGUAGUGAAUGAGCUUUCUCACCCAGCGCAAACAUGGGUUGAGGAUACCCUGCGAUCUUUUUUGCUGCUCUGCCAGCAUUGUUGUUGACCUGAUAGAGAACUUAAACUGACAAGCCAUCUGUUUAAAUUCAAGAACUUUGAACAGGCAGGAAAUGUUGGAUGAUUGCACUGUGUGACUUCAGUGAAUAAUGUUCUGGGUUUGUUUUGUUCCCAGCUCAUUUGCUGGGAUUCUUGCACUGUUUACCCCCUUGUUUUGAGGGUUGAUCAUCUUUACCCAGUGAGGAAAACUGAAAUAGAAAUGCAAACUACUGCUUUGGUUGUUUUAUGCUGGUUGAGGCAAAAUUUGGGCCUAUUGACAUACCAUUUUGGCUACUGCUGUACAGGUCCAUUUGAUCCAUUGAGGUUACUAAGUGAUACCUUAGUCCUCCUCAUAUUAUGAAAGGGAUCCCUGAAAAUAACUAAUCACACUACUGUGGAUAUUGCCUUCUAAAAUGUUUUUUAAACUCCCCAUACAAUUCAUGACAUCAGCACAGAUAUUGACUGACCGGAAGCUGCAGUAGGGGACUUCGCUUUCAUUUUUAUGCCACAAUGUGGGAUUUCAUGACACACUAUUACAAAAUGAAUUAAUACUGAUGUGGAAUUAAUGCUAAUGAGGGAUCUUCUGGCUCUAUGGUGGAGUUGGGAUAUAACCUCUGGGGGGGUUUGUGAAGUGGGUGGGUGGGGAGAAAACUCAGGUCCAAGCAGGGUUCUGCCCGCUUAGCGUGUGCUUUGAAACAUUUAAUUUGUUUUUACCUUUUGUUCUUUGCUUCUUUCCUCUUGGCCUUGUUUAUUGUCACUUUGAAAUAACAUGUCACAGAAAGCUCUUUUUGUUGCUACAGCAGAGAGGCACAAUGAAAAUAUUCAGCUCCAUUUCACUUACAAUCGCUGGAACUGUUCAGGUCUGUGAUUCCCCAAUGUACCACAUUCCCCAGGAUUUUUGAAAACUCUUAACACUUCAGCAUUAUCAUGAUCAAGGGUUUUUUUAUAGCUGUGUAAUGAAGGUAUAAGCUAAUCUAAAUUAGCCCCCCCCCCUUUUUUUUUCAGGUGGUCUAACCUUAAUCAUGCUUUUGUGGUUCUCCACAACUUCUUUUCCUGUUUGCAGUGCUCCUGGAGCAGUAGCCUUGCUCUGACUUUUGGUGGUGGCAGCAGUUUAUACUGUGAGGGACAAUAGUGCAAUGAUUGGGUGUCUUAAACUCCAAUCUGAGAUGCUUCUGUCCCAUAUAGUCUUUUUAUGAGAGAAAUGUGGAGGAUGCAAACUUUGGGAUAUUGACAUGCUUCUCUAGCAUAAGGAAGUGUACACUUGCCUUUUCCUAAAAUGGAGCCACCCAAGUGAGGAUUUUUUUUGCCAUAUGGAAAAGACCUUGUACAUAUGGCUCUGUGAACUACUGUGAGUGCAUUUAAAAGGCAAAUUUACAGAGCUGUCCCCAUGUACUCUGUCAGAUGUUCAGCUUGCAUUGCUGGGCUCUUUCCUGAGGAACGUAGCUGGCUGGGGAUGGACGGGGUUUUUAUUUUACUGAAAUCAAAGCUUAAUGUUCUCAUCCAGCUGCAAAUCCAAGCAGCAAAAGGUACUUGAUGCAUAUUGAGGGGGCUCUCAUGACCCUGUAUCCCCAGGAUUGUGAACACUUGAGUUCUGAUGCUUUCCGGAUGUGGUUUUUGGCAGGCCAUUCUCAUUUACCGUAUCCUAUUCAGAGUUGGGUUCUGUGAUGUGGUAGAUGUCAGUCACUCUGCUGGAGAGUGGAUGCUAACUGCCUGAAUGAGAUGUGUGUCUGAUAUUAUCAUGUUAAUAAAUAGCUCAAUGGAAAUUUGUACUCUUUUUGUAACAUUGGCCUCUGUUAUGCCUCGGCAGAUUAGUUUCUGUUCAAUAGUUUGUGAAUCUAAAAUUCCACUGAUUUUUUUUUUUUCUUUUGUGUGUGUGUUUUUAAUUUAUGGAAAUAAAUUGUUUUGAGAACCUUUCAA